AUGGUUUUCUGGCCGCAUCUCACUUACCUCCGGCAGUUCCGUUGGUGUUACGGCUCUCAGAGUCAGCCUGGUAUCUUGAACAGUGGGGCCUCAGGCCCCAAAGGGUCUCAGGUAGGCCUCCUUCAAAGGAGAUGGGCCGGGGUACCCCUGGAUGGAUGCCUCCGCACCAAGCGGCAGGUUGUCCCAGCCAAGCCCUGGAGAGGAGGCGGAAACGGCGCGCAGCUUCUGGCCGGUUUUCUAGUGCACGGCGGGGGGCGGGGGAGCAGGACUUCAGGCAGUCUGGAGUCGGAACAAGCCCAAUCGGACUCGAACCGAAUGCUGGGGCCAGCGCGGGUCGCUGACCGCGGGCGCGGGGCGGGGCCGGCCCCACAUGCCGAGAGGCCGGGAGCGGGGGCGAGGACCAGCCCCGCGCCCUUAGAGGCCUCCACCGGCCAUCAGAUGGUGGCUCUGCACACCCUUCAGCUGCUGCUGCAGGAGUGGGGCUCGGGGGACCGUCCGGGCGCCCCCGGGAGCCCGCAUGACCUAGACCACGUGCCCACCGCCCCAGCGUGUCGCUCAGGCCCAGGGCCCAGGCGAGGGCGCGAAGAGGAGGGCGGGAGCCGGGGGAUCAGGAAUCUGGGGUCCAGGGAGCAGGCGAGCUCCCCCGAGGUGGAAGCUAUGCGAGGCGCCGAAGGGGGCGUGGAACUGCUGGGCUUCCCCGUGGGCCGCGAGCCCUGCACCCUGGCUGGCGACGCGCAGCGCGCUGGCCCUCGGAGCUGGUCAGAGUGGAGCAGACAGAGGCUCCUGGGCCCCCUCCAGCAGGAGCGGUCCUUCCCAUCCGCCUGAAGGCAGAAAGGCAGCUGUUGAAAUGACUGCAGCGAGGACCCUGGUAAAUCACAGAGGCAAGGUCAGGCCAGAAAACCAUUGUCAGAGGACCUGACCCAGCUUAACAGAUGGCCGCCCCCUGCUCUGGACUACAGCUCAUGCC